GACAGAGGGGAUAGACGAGAAACCGGUCAGAAAUGACUUCACAUAAAUAAGAGGACUAAAAGCAGGACUUUAAACCUCAGGAUUCUUUUCGCACUGGAUAUUCCGUUUAAUGAUUCGUGUCGGAUGAAUAUUUCCCCGUCAAGGUAGAUUCCUCUUAAUGAGACCUUUUGGCAGGAACGGUUAUUUUUUCACAGCCUGCAUCAAACCAUACCUGUCUCAGGUCUCAUGAAACAACAAAAUGGGAUUUAUUUUCCUUCACAUGAGGUAGCCAAGCCCAGCCGGUGACAUCUGAAACAGCUGGGUCGUGUCGAGAAGACUGUGGAUUAACGUUUUUUUUUUUUCUUCCUCUUCUACCUCCCUGAAUAUCUCCAAGGAAGAAACCCCACAGGGACCCGGUUUUCCAGCAGCCAAAAUGAGAUUCGAUUUAAUUGAAUCAAUUACAUGAGUAGAUUCAAAACAAACACGUAUUCCUCCCAAGGAGCGCACAGUUUCUAAGCGGCGCCAGUGUCUGUGGAAAAUAUGGAAAGCGAGGUUUUCACCCCUUCGCUGGAGCAGUUUAUGCUCACGCCUCUGGUCUGCUGGGUGAAGACAGUCGGCCAGGCGACACUGACCGAUGGCACCCAAUUAUCGGAAUAUAUCGAAUUAGUGGAUGGGAUUUACCUGAACGAGAUAAUGCUUGAGAUAAAUCCCACGGCCACGGUGCAGAGGACCAACAAGAAGGUGAACAAUGACCCAACACUGCGCAUCCAGAACCUUUCUAUUCUCAUCAGGCAGAUUAAAGACUACUAUCAGGAGACUCUCCAGCAGCUGGUGAUGAUGCCUUUACCAAACGUGCUGAUUCUGGGCAAAAACCCUCUGUCUGAACAAGGUCUGGAAGAGGUGAAAAAACUGUUGCUGCUGCUACUAGGGUGUGCUGUCCAGUGUGAGAAAAAGGAAGAGUACAUCGAGUGUAUCCAGACUCUGGACUUUGACACCAAAGCUGCCAUAGCAUCCCACAUCCAAGAGGUCACCCAUAAUCAGGAGAACGUAGUGGACAUGCAGUGGUUGGAAAGUGGGGAAAUGCCUCCUGAAGACCUGGACAGCCUCUCCAGAAACCUGGCUUUCCACCUCAAACGCCUGGUGGACGAGAGGGACACACAGCUGGAGACUAUAGUGGAGUUGACCCAGGAGAGAGACUGUGUGCAGCUCUCCCCUCUGGCUUCCUGUCAGACCCAGUCUCCUGGGGACUCCCCCGGGAUGAGGAGGACCGAGAGCCGGCAGCACCUCUCUGUGGAGCUGGCUGAUGCCAAAGCCAAGAUGAGACGCCUUCGACAGGAACUAGAGGAGAAGAGCGAGCAGCUUUUGGACACCAGGCAGGAGCUGGAUAACAGUGAAGGCGAGCUUAAGAAGCUUCAGCAAGAGAGCUACCAGUUGCUGUCGGACGCUCGGUCGGCUCGGGCCUACCGCGACGAGCUGGACGCGCUCAGAGAGAAGGCGAUCCGUGUCGACAAGCUAGAGAGCGAGCUGAGCCGGUACAGGGAGAGACUUCACGACAUCGAGUUUUACAAGGCCAGAGUCGAGGAGCUGAAGGAGGACAACCAGGUCAUGUUGGAAACUAAGAGCAUGUUGGAGGAGCAGCUGGAUGCUAGCCGGCAGCGCUCCGACAAACUGCACCUCCUGGAGAAAGAGAGUCUGCAGCUGAAUUCCAAGAUCCAUGACCUGGAGAUGGAACGGGACAUGGACCGUAAACGCAUGGAGGAGCUGCUGGAGGAGAACCUGGUGCUGGAGAUGGCUCAGAAACAGAGCAUGGACGAGUCCCUGCACCUGGGCUGGGAGCUGGAGCAACUGUCCAAGACCCCAGAUCUCACCGAAGCCCCUCAGAAGUCUCUGGGCGAGGAGGUGAAUGAGCUGACCUCCAGCCGCCUGUUGAAGCUGGAGAAAGACAACCAGAGCCUGCUGAAGACUGUGGAGGAGCUGAGAGGAGCAGCCAGUCAGGACACCGUGACCAAACUGUCCAAAGCCAGUCAGGAGAACCAGAGGCUGAACCACAAACUGGAGCAGUUGGUGAGUGAACUGACCUCAGACCGAGACUCGCUCCGCAGCGCAGAGUCUCUCAGUACUGACCUGAUGAAGGAGAAGGCUUUACUGGAGAACACUCUGGAAACACUCAGGGAAAACUCUGAGAGACAGCUGAAGGGUCUGGAGCAGGAGAACAAACACCUGGGUCAGACGGUGUCGUCUCUGCGUCAGCGCUCCCAGGUCGGAGCUGAGGCCCGGGUGAAGGACGUGGAGAAAGAGAAUCGAGUUCUCCACGAGUCCAUCUGCGAGACCACCGCCAAACUCAAUAAGAUGGAGUUUGAAAGGAAACAACUACGAAAGGAGCUUGAAGUGGUGAAGGAGAAAGGAGAGAGAGCAGAAGAGCUGGAGAUCCAGACUCAGAAGCUGGAGAAGGACAAGGAGAGCCUGCAGAAGAAGAUUUCCAGUCUUACAAUCACCUGUGAAAAGGUGUGUUCUUUGGAGAAGGAGAACUCAGAGCUGGAGGCCGAGGGCCGUCGUCUGAAGAAGAAGCUGGAUACUCUGAAGAACAUGGCCUUCCAGCUGGAGGCUCUGGAAAAGGAAAACUCCCAGCUGGAGCAUGAAAACCUGGAGGUUCGGCGCAUGGCGGAGAGUCUCCGGUCAUCGGGAGCAAAGGCCGCUCAGCUGGAGGCAGAAAACAGGGAGCUGGAGAGCGAGAGGAGCCAGCUGAAGCGCAGCCUGGAGCUGCUCAAAGCCUCGUCCAAAAAGACGGAGAGAUUAGAGGUGAGUUACCAGGGCCUAGAUACAGAGAACCAGCGCCUGCAGAAGGCUUUAGAGAACAGCAGCAAGAAGAUUCUACAGUUGGAGGUUGAGCUGCAGGAGGUGGAGACUGAGAAUCAAAGCCUCCAACGCAACCUGGAGGAGCUCAAGAUCUCCAGCAAGCGCCUGGAGCAGCUGGAGCAGGAGAACAAGUGUCUGGAGCAGGAGAGCUGCCAGCUGGAGAAAGACAAGAAGUACCUGGAGAAGGAGAACAAGCGGCUGAGGCAGCAGGCCGAGAUCCGAGACUCCAAGCUGGACGACGACAACCAGCGCAUCGUCACCUUGGAGAAAGAGAAUCGGACGAUGGGGAAGGAGAUGAUCUUCUUCAGGGACUCGUGCACGAGAGUCAAAGACCUGGAGAGGGAAAACAAGGAGCUGGUCAAAAUAAGCAACAUCGAUAAGAAGACCCUCAACAACCUCAGAGAGGAGCUUGUGAGUGAGAAGCUGCGGACUCAGCAGAUGCAUAAUGAUCUGGAGAAACUCACUCAUGAGUUGGAGAAGAUUGGACUGAACAAGGAAAGGCUGCUGCACGACGAGGGCUCUGACGACAG